AUGGGGUCCAAACUCGAUGGCGCAUAUUCUCCACCUACCAAACUACCCUUAUGGCAGCACAUGUACAUUGCUCUUGCCAACUCAUAUUUCCAGGUGGACCUAAACGAUUAUUUACCGUCUUCGCACAGCUCCCUGGGUCAUAUUCCUUUUCCCCUUCUUGAGGUUCCCUAUGUCGAAGGCCUCAUGGUUUGCACAGCCUACGGUAGCUGGAUGUACCCUAUGAUGACUGGGUCAAUGACCUCGGUCGAGCACAGCAUUUCCUCCUACGACCUCUUGGAAGUCCGAGUGAAAUUGGAUGAGUCCGUGGCACUGAGGCGGAUCAGCCUUGAUUUUUGCAAAUAUUCUCCUGUGGGCUUGGCUGAAUUCUUCGAAAUAGAUGCCACUGUCAGUCAGUCCUUACAGGAACUCUUCGACACCAGUCCGAUGUGGUCCGCAUACGUCGAUUGUGCAGAGUCGUUGGUACCUACCCUGAACCAGAACUUGGAUCGACUAGGCUCAGUUGAGAUAGCGCAGAUCUUCACCCGCCAACCGAUCGCACGUAGUGCAAUCUUGCACACCGGACAGCCACUUGAGAACGUGAUAUUCUCUGAAGGCGAAUUUCGAGUCGUAGGAGCGUAUUGCAGAGAGCUAUGGGAAGAGGCCCUUAAGGUCAAGGGAAACAUCGAGGACGGAGAAAACAACGGUGACAAAGAGCCAGAACAGCGAGGUGAGAUAGACCUCGCAUUGGACGAGAUCGUGAAGGCUUUAAAACCCAUAUGGUUGGAGGACGAGCAUCUAGAGAGUGAGUAUCGUCGGCGACUUUACGAUGGUCGAUUAUAUAGGGGAUUUGAGGAUUUGCGCGUUCUCGCACAAGUCUACGAGGUUUCGAGGCGGCGCGCGCGAGCGAGUGACUGA